AUUGGUGGCAUAUUAGUGUAGAGAUAAGGUAAUUUACUAAAGAAAAAUGAUUGACCGGCGGCUCUCUAGAGAAUUUCUUUUCGUUAAUUUAUGACUAUCAUUUACGAAAUCAGAGCGGAUUUUUUAUGACAAUGAUCAAACUCGCGGCUUUGAACAAGGAGUCUGAAGAUGAAAGUCGCUCUGAAGAGGAAGUCACUAAGGAAGCGUUGGAGCAGAUUGCCUUACAGCAGUACUCAAAGGCCCUCGAGUUACAAAGAAAAGAAAACCUUGCGGACGCUACCAAACUUCUCAGAGAUUUGUUGGAUACCGAACUACUAGAUGGAGUCAAAAAGCCGGCGCCUGGCGAGAAAACUUCCGGGCCUUUAUUCAAUUUGAAGUAUUUAUGUUACAAAAAUCUUGCGUCGAUGCUGAACGCAGCUAAUGACAUCGAUGCCGCCAUAGAAGCGUAUGCUGCCGCCGCCGAUUUAGAUGACAGCGACAUCACCCUGUGGCACAGGUUUGGGCUCACAUGUUUGCGCGGUUCCCGAUACGAAAUGGCUCUCCAUGCCUUUCAACGGGGAGUCGAGCGAAACCCUAAUCAUUGGCCUUGCCUGGACAAAAUUGUCACUUUGUUGAUGGGUUUAGAUUUCAAAGAAGAAUGUAUUUCUACCAUCUAUGAUGCACUGCUACUUGAUCCAGGAUAUAUGAGAGGUCUUGUGUACCGUCAGCAUAUUUACACCAAAUACCCAUACAUUCGUUGUUUUAUGGAAUACAUGAACCCAAUAUACAAAUGGGAUGAGAAAGAUGAAGAUCCAGUGGAUGAAGAGAAAGCAGAGAAACUACUUAAGGAGGCUGCACAAAUACAAGAGGAUUAUUUACGACAACAAGCUGCAGGUCGGUUUAAAUAUGUUCUACCUAAAUUGAAACUGAUAAAACCGGUAUCAAGACUGACUUGGAAAGCUGUUGGGGAUUCACUUGUGCAUAUGCAUAGCUAUAUGGCCGAGAAUUAUUAUAGUCAUGCCUGUCAAUUACAAAUGGUAUUUGAGAUAGAAGAAAAGGACCCUUCUACAGAUGAUAGCAAAGGAGUGAAUGAAGUACAAAUGACAGAAAGCAAGCUAGAAGAAAAUUCAGUAAUAGAUGAAGAUAAAGAUAAAACUACAGAAACAACAUCAGAGGAUAAAACAAGUGAAAAUAAUGAUUUGUCAGAUAAAGGGACCACUGAAGUAGAAAAAGUCGAAAGUGAUACUGAAAUAACACCUCCCGAUUCUGAGAAAGCUGAAAAUAAUCCACCAGAGCCUAAGAAAAAAGCUCCAACACGACGACGAGGCAGUGCUUUAAGUUUUUUGGAACAAUGGGAGUGGUGUAAUAAAAGAAGAUCUAGACGCAGGACAACAGUGAACAAACAAGAUCGCCUUGAUAACAAUAUCUAUGACACUCUUCGAAGGAUGAUACCCAAUUAUUUAAAUCCAGAUACUGUCCACACAGAACAAAAUGGUGUAAGUAAUGGUGAAGAAGCGAAUGUAACUCUGAAUGAAAAAGGCGACAGAGAAACAAAGGAAACGGAAAAUUAUUUUGGGUCAGAAAAUGAACAAAAUGAUGUAAAACAGUUCAUUGAAAGAUAUAGUGAAGGCAAAGGAGAUAUUAUCGAAAUUUUGCAGGAAUAUUUGGUGUUCUUAGCUAAAAAGUGGAAAGUGCAAUGGCCAGAAGGUCUGUCUAAUGUUUUUAUAGAGGCAAAUAAAUGUUACAACUCGCACAUAAGCCCUCCAUCGACUUUCGAUAAUGAUAUAUUACAAUAUGUCGCAAUUAACUUGUUGGUUGAAGAAUUUUCUGUUAAUUCUAAAUUAGCAUUGUCAACUGAAGAAAAAGAAAAUCAAAUUUAUGAUUUGAGUGUGAUUGAAUCUAUAGGAAGACUGCUGAAUUUAAAACCACACAUUUUCUGUAGUACAGAUAUCCUUGAGUACAUGUUGAGACAGCUUUGGGUUAAACUACAUAUUCACAUGGUGAACAAAUGUCAAGAACUCGCCCUUGAUUGCUUAUAUCAACUCACACAUCAAUUUGAAGCACUGGUGGAUGAGGAUGGAGUGAAUUCGUACAGUCUGUCACUUGUGAAUUUUUCAUAUCAACCUGUCAUAAAUCAGAAUAUGAUAUCAACAUACAUCAAAUAUUUUGAAAGAAAUAACAAACUUUCAACUGUUGUGGAUCUCUAUGAAAGAAGUGAGUAUGAUAAAGUUUUGGAAAUCCUAACAGAUUCAUUUACACAUUGUAAAGACAUGGAUAGGAAGCAAGAGGAAGAAAUGCCCUUAGAUUUUGCUGUUCAACUGUCUUUAAUAUUGGAUUCUUAUUGGGCACUGGAUAACACUAGUGAAUGUUUCCUGUGGGCUUUGAAAUGCCUACACGAGGCAUUGAAACACUACUUUCGUUUAACCUCAGGAGCAUCAGAUUAUGAGAAAUGGACUUUAACUGUUGUCAAAAUUCUCAGUUCAAUGGAACAUAUUCUGACAACUGAAGGGUUAUCAUGUUUGGAGUCGGUUCCAGGUAAAAUAAAAAGUCAAGGACUAGAAGAUCUCAUUAGAAUUAUAGGCCACCAAGUAGAGACUAAUGCUGCUGAAAUGCCAUUUGGAACAGUAGCCCCUUGGAUCAUAAUGCAUUUUAUUUUACAAAGGGAAGAAGAUUCGCUUAUUACUUUGCCAUCAACUGAAGGAGGAGAAGAAGUGCCUAACCCAUUAAUGGUUCUCUUUAUUGCUCAUGAGCAAUUGGGAAAUAGGGGCUGGUGCUGUAAAAAUGAAGGUAAACUCCUUUACUUCAUAUUAGAUACAGUGGUACCACGUUUGUGGUCACCUGCAUUAUCUAAAUAUUCUGAGCAAGUGUUCCAGUAUAUGGAACAGUGUGUUUACUGUCUGUUUGGUCAUCCUGCCAGGAAAAACAAAGUUAAGUACUUGUCUGAUCACAAUGUCUCUCCUCAUACUCUAGACUGGAAAAGAGCUCAACAAUUGUACGAGAUAUUUAGACCGCCUACAUUACCAGCUUUGGAAGGAAAAAUAUCUGGUUUGACAGCAGACACAGAGAAUCUUUUUCACCGUAUUCUUGCUCUGUUGCCUGCUGACUGUGACCCACAAAAGUAUGUUCCUGAAGUGGAAAAGUAUAUAAAAGGGGUAGAAACCAAAUUACCAACGAUACCUCCAUUGAUGCCUUACAAAAUGAAAGAUAUUUACUUUCUUUUGGGUGACUAUUAUUUUAAAAAAGAAGAGGGAAAAAUGGCCAUAAAAUAUAACUUAUUAGACGUCAUCGUUAAUAGAGAUCGAUUAGAGUCGUGGGCAGAAAUAUCUUUAGCUAAAGCUGUGAAUUUAGAAAGAAUAUUGAAUUCUUGUAAGAACUUGAACAACGAAAGAGAAUAUUUAAAUCCAGCUAAAGCAACAAUAAGGUGUUUCAAAAGAGCUUUAGAACUGGACCCCACGCAUUGCAACAUAUGGAUUGAGUAUGGAAUGUUUGUGUACACAGUUCACUCAUUUUGUUCAAGACUAUUAAAGCAAGCAAGUGAAUCAUUGAGUAUGGAAGAUUUUGAGGCCUUAGAAAAGCAAAAAGAAGAUAUGUUAGAUACUACUCUUAAAUGUUUUACAAGUGUUUUGAAUGAUUUAAACAGUAGUAAUGAUUCUGAGAAAGCCAAUGAGGAUUUGUGGCUCCAUUACUACAUGUUAGGAAAAGUUGCCGAGAAGCGUAACAGACCUCCAUCGGAGUACUUAAAUUAUUACUUGCAAGGCGUAAAAAGCUUGCAAGAAACAGAUGCCACAUAUCCCCUUAAAAUUAAUUAUAAUUCUCCGACGCAUCUGUGUAUUGAAGUGUUGGAGUUACAUUAUAGAAUUCAUGCAUCGAUACUUAAAUUCAUAGAGCAGCAUGAAAAUAAACCUAUACCAACAUCAGUGGGAAAAGUAUUUGCAACUUGCAUAGAAGAGUGGAGAAAUGGUCCGUUUGCCAAAAAAUCAAAGAAAGAUUGCAACGAUGUGGAAGUUGACCAGAAAGCGAUUGAACCUGUUCAUGCUGCCAAUAUCCUCAAACGCUCAAUUAGUGACGCGGGCGAGGAAGUAACUUAUGAAGCUAAAAGACUGAAGAUGGAAUCUGCCGCAGCAAAAGUUAAAAGAUCGGCCUCGUAUGACACCGAGAGAGUUAAUAAAGAUGCUCAAGCGCCAAAGUCUAUGAAGCCUGUAGAAAAAACAAGUAACGGUGAGGUGACUGUACAGUCAAAGAAAGUAGAAGAUUCAAUUCAAGAAGUAGAAACAGAUACUAGUAUUAACAACACUGUACAAAAUAACGUCAAGACUAUACAAAAUAAUGUCAACAGUAUAGAAAAUAAUGGUAUUAAAGAAAUAAGGGAUGGAGAACAACCUAUGGAAGGUGUAGAGGAUAAGACGAAGGAGCCUGUAGUAGAGAGUAAGAAAGAGAGCUCUAGUAGCAGUUCAUCAUCUUCGUCGUCGGGAUCCAGUUCCAGCGAAGAUACUACAGACAGCAGCAGCAGUGACAGUAAAGAUAGCAACAAUUCUGCGAAUCCUGCAAAUGAUAAACCGCUACCAGAUGAGGAAAUAAUGAAAAUUGUUUCAGCGUGUCUUGAUGCCCUUGAAGACUGUGCAAGUAGAUUCCCUCCACAUUACAAAGCUAUUUACCGUUUGGCUCACUAUCAUUUUUAUUACAAACGGGGAAAAGACAUUGAAAGAUGUAGAGACCUUAUGCUAUCAAACUUUAUGUCAAGAUCGGGACAGAAACUGGCAGGUCUCUUCAAUGAAAGAAAACAUUCGAAUUUCUUUAACAAUAUCUGGAAAAUUCCGUUGAACGAAGUAGAUCGGGCGGGCGGUUUCCCUUUCCAUAUGAGUCGCUCCGUAUUGCUUACCAUGGAGAUCUUAAAAGAAAUAGAUGAUCACAAAACAUUGUUGGAUUUAAGUUUACACCUUCAAAGAAUCCCAGAACCGGACAAGAAGUACUUAAGAGACUCGGACCGCGAAGAACUUGCUCAACAAGCGUUCUCUCUCUGUGUACAGUCACUUAAAGGGCAGCUGUUAAAGUUCAGCCAGCAAGCAGACUUGAAGAGCAAUGAUGUAGAAAGACAAGCGCUAAAGAGUUUGAUGUUGGAUAUUUACAGGGCCUAUCAAAGGGCUCAAAAGCAACCGAAUUCGAAACAAUUUACUAAUUUAUUGAUAGACGCUUAUAAACUUGUAAGCACGGUGCCAAUUCCUGAAAACACGAAUUUAGUGGAUGCUAGUAUGAAGUUCUGCCAGUCACUAAUUCAAACGUUAAAGCAGCAGGCUACACAAGCUAGCCUUGAUAGGAGUCAAAACUCACACAAACGACAAACGGCGCGGACAGCGGUGGAAACUACAAAAGUGGCUACCACUGCAAGUCAGACCAAGAAUGACGUCAAAGCGCCGAUGGCAUCCACGUCGACUCCUGCCUCCAGUCUUCCAAAGAUGUCUGCCCACGAGAUAGCUUCAGCUUUUCUUCCACCACUAACCGAUCCAGUAUUAACACAACAAACUGCCGUUGCACUUUCUUAUUUGAACAAUAUCAGUGCGCUAGCGGGGUACCCGGCUGUUCAAAACAUGAUACAUUCAUCGCUAAAUUCUUUUCAAGCUGAAUUCUAUCGUCAAUUUAUAUCGAAAAACUUAGCACCGUAUAAUAUAUCGCCGCCGAAAAGCAAGCAGAAAAGAGGACCUAAACCGGGGAACCCAUCACGAGCAAAUACAACUGUGAACUCGCAUCCGAAAACGUCGAAAUUAAGUAAUAAUAAUCCGCCAACUACGUCUAUCAACAAGCCAACAUCGAGCUCCGGUGUGACUGGCCUUCAAAAAUCGGUGUCUGCGCCUUUGGCUCCUAGUAUGGGGACUGUGCUACCAUCGUUACCUGCAUCGAUGGCUGCGAACUUGUCUUCGUUCGGGGCGCCUCCGGGUAUUUCACACACCAGUAGUCAUAACGGUCCGAGUCAGGCACAUACUAAUAUGGUAAAUAACUCAAUACUCAACAGCGCCAUUCACAAUAAGCCGCCACUGCCCCAUGUGCCAUCUACCUCGGGAAAAACGCUGCAGGAGAAGUUGGCUGAGCGCUUGAAGAGUUUGCCGUCAUUAGCACUGAGCAAGCUACCGUCUUCCAUAACUGUAACCAAGAGUUCCGUACCAAAGCAACCUCUGGCUUUACACAAGAAGUCUGAUGGCAAGAAGAUCACAUCGUCCGGUGACAGCGGAACUCGACCAAAACCCAUUUCGUCUGACGAGGUCAUUGUUCUCGACGACGAUUGAUUAAAGCAAUUUCAGUUGUGAUAUUAUAAGAACAUAGAAAUAGAACAGACUGCCUUAUAGUGUUUUGGUUUGUGGGAUUUGUAAUACACGAAAUACAUACAAUUAGUGGCGGCUUUUAUAGGUCUAUAUAAUAUUUAUGUACUCAGAAGUUUUCAAGAUGUAGAGAUAAUCAAAUAGCAAUAAUUUUUUACACGCCUUUUGUAAGAUGUGACAGUAAGUUAAUAAACAUGAUUACAAUCAA